CCGCCCAGACUUACGGGGUGGCUCAUCCCGCUAUCAGGACGUUCGUUGUUUACUCGCCAAACCUGACCUUGAAAAUUGGUAUUCUAUGGUGGUGGUGUGAGUAGCAGUGAGAACAUUGCCAUCCACACUAAGGCUUGAGAGGAGGAGCAGCUAGAGGGUUACUGUUAAUUGCAUGAACCAGAAUGGCAUCAGGCUACUCAAGGCUAGGAGGUGAGGGCAAUGGCCAGUCCCAACGCUCUUAUGGCACCGCCAACCCAGGUGUUGGAUUUGCCCCAGCAGCAAGAUCAGGAACAGAAUUCUUCCAGCUGUGUGACAAGAUAACAACAAAUCUUUUCUCAAUCAACAAUGCAACAAACACAUUGGAGAGAUCACUAAAACAAGUGGGCACAACGACAGAUAACCAGCAGCUGCGAGACAGAAUUUCACAGAUCAACAGCAGUGCUGGAGCUGCAGUGCAGGAGAUCACUGGACUUCUACGUACCCUGCAGCCCCUUGCUCAGGGUGACAGGCAGCGGCGGGUGCAAGCAGAUCGAUUACACAAUGAAUUCCAAUCCUCAGCUUCACGCUUUGCGGAGGUUCAGAAAAAAGUAGUGAGCACACUGAGGACGGCACGGCUGCCGGCUGACAUGGUGGCUGUUGAACAGGACAACACCUCUGCCACUGACUCCAUGAUUGCAGCAGAACAACAAAGUCUAGCAAAAAUGAAGCAGUUAGAGGACAUGGAAUUUGAAGCAGCCAUGAACCAGGAGCGGGAGCAGAGAGUUCAGCGCCUGGAGUCUGACAUCAUCGACAUUAAUGAGAUCAUGCGAGAUCUUUCCUCCAUAGUCACUGCCCAAGGAGAAAUUGUGGACUCAAUCGAGAACAAUGUGGAAUCUGCUGCUGGACACGUGGAGGAGGCCAGAGAGGCGCUUGUCAAGGCUGCCCGGUACCAGAACAAGAGUCGGCGAAAGAUAUGCAUCUUCAUCCUUAUUUUGGUCAUAGUGCUUGCCCUCAUUGGAAUUAUCAUUGGGAUUCACUUUGCUACCAAAAAUUAGGAAUUCUAUAUACUCAGCUAAGAAAUUUUUGCAGAUAUGGUGGGAAUGGCUGAGGACUCUCCCAUGCUGACUCCACUUGAGCCUGCACCAUCACAUUAUGGCAGGAAGGAGCAUCCACGAGCAAAGUAGAGUGGUAGAUGAAUGGAAUGAAUGAAUGGCAGUAAAAGAGCACUAUGAGAGUCUUGGGGCUGAUUUGUUAUCUAGGGUGACAGGUGUUGCUGUUGGCUUUGAUGGCAAAUGGAUGACAAGGGGCCAUAAGUCUCAUGAUGGAGUCCCUUUUGUCAUCAAAGCUGAGAUGAAUAUCGUGCUCAACUUGUCUGAGGUGCUCACAAAACAAAGGAUCCUGUCUUCAGUGAAAGUAGAGGACAGAGCACCACUGUUAGAAGAAUUUUGAUGGUACAUUGGGAGCUAUGAAGGCCAAGGCAGUAGUUGACUGGCACUGGCUUCAGAUAAGUCACCUUCAUUGGAGAUAGGGAUUCUUCUGUCUACAGAGUUGUGCCCCCUAGAGAACAACACUGGUCCCUAUGACUGCCCUGCGGUGAAGAAGUGCUUCAAUGUGAGCAAGCACCUUGGUUCUUGUCUUUGCAAGCUAAAGGAGGAGAACUUUGUCACCAUCAUGACCAAGAUGGGAGAAAAAUGAAGAGGAGUGUGCUUGGUGAUGCACAUCAACUGACAGAGACAGUCAUUGAUAAACCCAACCAUGGCAUGGCUGUGCACAGUAAUGUCAAGACUCACAAGCAAGCUUCUUCCAUCUCAGCACCAAGGAAAACAGCUACCAUGUUCUGUCCCAAGGGAGUCUUCCUGGUGGUGGGUGAACUGGGCAGAAGCCAAGGAGGAAGAACCUGCACCACACAGGAGCAUGCAGCUCCACCUUGCCAAGUUCCCACAGGACAAACUUGACCUCAUGAGGUCCAUCUAUCAGGACCUGAAAAAAAAAAAAAAAAAAAAAAAAAAAAAAAAAAAAAAAAAAAUCCAAAUGGAAGCCUGUAUUCCAAUGCUUGGAGGAAAGUCUGCAAUGACAAGUUUGAUAGACUGUUUAAGGCAACACAAGUAACUCAAGCAACAGUCUUUGAACAGUUUUGGCCACACCAACUCCUCUUUGAUACCUGGGUUACCUCUUCACCUCAUCUCCAUCUUCCUUUCCUUGGUCUUCUGCUCGGAAGGAAGGAUCUAAAGGCAAAGAGGAAGAACUCAACACCUGAUUCAAAGCAGAAGACCAAGAAAGAGGAGAGUGAUGGAUAUGAGGCAGCGAAAUUCUGAGCAACCUGGCGACAAUGAUACCCAGAAGACAUGAUACCCACGUCUUCUGGUGCAUAAUAUCCUUUGAUAAAAAAGGGGACCAGGUGCCUAAAGCACCUGUUAUUUGACUAAAGUUAUAGAUGCCUAGACUGAAGUUUACUUGGAUGUAUAUUUGUAUGACUAAUAAAUUAUAUAUAUAUAUA